CAAACAAAAUCUGACACGUUGAGGGGAAGACAACAGACUAUUUUUGUUGAAGAUUGCCUUGUUAUGUUGUAACCCCGUUAUUAUUUUCACAGUAUUCGUUAAAUAAUGUCUGGGGAAGAUCGCAAGAAGCUCGAUAUGACUCCAGAGGAGAUGAAACGGUUCGGGGAGGCGAUGAAAAAGGAAGAAUUCAGAAAAUUACUCGCAGAGUAUGCCGAAGAAAUAUCAAAUCCUGAAAACCGCAAAAAAUAUGAAGAAGAGAUUACACAACUAGAAAAUGAAAGAGGUAUGGAUAUAAAAUUCAUUACUCCUGAACCCGGCCAUGUUAUAAAAUCACUUAUUAAUAACAAGAAAAAGGCUUUUAUAAAUAUCUGCAAAAAUGAAAACAUUGGGAAGCCAACAUUUACUAAAGAGAAUGGCCCUGACCGUUUUGGAAUCAACUGGGCAAUCCCCCAUUCUUUAGCUAGACCUCGCGAAGACUUCGAUCUCAAAGGUGAAAAAUGCUUUGUGUAUGAUGUCGUGUUUCACCCGGACACUUACCGAAUGGCACAGUCUAACUCUAAGUUUAAAAAGCUUGUACACGAUACAGCGAUAGAAGCCAUUGAGGAACAUUUUAAUGUCACAUUGGAUAAAAAGAUAAGUACACCCAAAGUGAAAAACAAUUUCAAAGGAGUUAGAACCCCUACUGUGGUUCGAACCCGGCGAGAAGAUGGAUCGACCAAAACCGCAGACGACUCUGACAGCAUUUUGAACAGUAUGCCUUAUCCAUAUGACCCUAAUAAGACAACCAAAGAAUUAACUGAGGAAUGGGUGGAAAAAAGGUAA